CGGAAGUGACGUUGGCAUCUGGGGGCAGGGCGAUCCUGGAGCCAACCUCUCGGUCCCUGGGGAGCCACGAGAGGUCACUUCCGGGCGUUACCGAGAAGCUGUGAAGGAAGUGACGUAGGGCACGCGCCGGUGGCGUGAUGGAGCAGCAGCAGCAACAGCAGCAGCAGCUCAGGAACCUGCGGGACUUCCUGUUGGUCUACAAUCGGAUGACGGAACUCUGCUUCCAGCGCUGCGUGCCCAGCCUGCACCACCGAGCUCUGGAUGCUGAGGAGGAGGCCUGUCUGCACAGCUGUGCUGGGAAGCUGAUCCAUUCCAAUCACCGCCUCAUGGCCGCUUACGUGCAGCUCAUGCCUGCCCUGGUACAGCGCCGCAUCGCAGACUACGAGGCUGCCUCAUCUGUGCCAGGUGUUGCUGCUGAACAGCCCGAAACCUCGCCAUCAGGGAGCUAGCCGUCCCCAACCCCGGGAAGGGAGGCACUGGAUGGACCCUCAAAUUUAAGGAGCCAGUGGACCUUGGGCUGGGUGCAACCUGUAUAUAGAAAGUGAGGAGUUGCCUGAGAGCUGGGUACUGUUGUUCCUUUUCCUGGAGCUAAUAAACCCACUUUUACUCUGUUUGGUUUAUAGUCUGGGCAAGGAAGCUUUGCCCACUUGAUUGACACCAUCUUUAUUAUUCUGUCAGGAUGCUUCAGCCCUGACAGCAGAGAAAUUGCCUUCAAUGUGUAGAAGGAAAACCUUAGCAUUCCCAGGCACCUGGUUAAAGCGACGUCUGUGGGUACAAUUUUAAGACUGGUAAUAGCGACAAGAAGUUGGUUUCUGCCCAGAUGACAGAAAAUGGGAACUCUGUCUAGCUGUCCUUAAAUCUGUGUGACUUAAAUGGCUCACUUAGAGAUAACUAAGGACAGCAGAUUAAGAAUCCACUGGGCUUUUAGGCGCUACCUCCUGGUAAGUCAGUAGCCUCAGACAGAGAUGAAACCUGUAAGAAUUCUGGGGUGUUCUGGAACGUCAAUCACUUCCUCAAGUUGUUACUUAAUAUUUUCUGUCUUCUUAGGAUGAACAGUAAAAUCUUUAAACAAAGAAGAUCUGUGUGCUUGCCUUCAGGAGCAGUCAGAAAGGGGAAAACUUGUGGAACCAUAUUCUGCAAUACAGUCAGACUCGAGGGAUAAAAACUAAGGGAGAAGUAGAUGGUGAUGGUUAUGGGAAAAAAAGGAAGAAAGCCAAAUCAUCAGGACUUCUUGAAUGUUACCUUAAUGUCUCACUGCUUGUCUGUAAUCUCCUGAUUCCAUCUCUUCGUCUACCCCAGAUUGUUCCCACUGUGCCUGUUCUGUGAUUUCUAAUUCCAACCUGUCUGUUCUUUGCUCAUUAUUUCCCUCCGUGUGGAAUUUACUUCUGUAUUCAGCAAUCUGAGUGGCCUGUACAUCAC